UUCCAUGCGUAGGACAGACAGGGAGAUGGCUGAGCAACGCAGAGGUCCCGGAAGGCCCAGAACAAGGAAUGUGGAGCCCGAGCAACCAUCCGGAAGUGCAGGCGUGCCUUGGCAACAGAUGAUGCAGCAGAUGAUGCAGCAAAACCAGAUGAUGGCUCAAAUGAUGCAAGGCAUGCAGGGACAACAACCUCCUACUCAAGCUCCCGUUCCUCAAGCUGCAGCUGGACCUGACUUUCGUGCCUUCUUCAGGAUGGAUCCCCCAGAGUUUGUUGGCGGACUUGAUUCACUCUUGGCUCAUGAUUGGUUAGCUGGUAUGGAGAGGGUGUUUCAAGCUAUUCAGUGUACUGAAGAAGAGAAGGUGAUCUUUGCUACUCAGAAGAUGAAGGGACCAGCUCUUAGGUGGUGGAACACUGCAUCCACUUAUUUCACCACUCAAGAGAUUCCUAAGGAUUGGCAACACUUCAAAGUGGCAUUCUUGGAGAAGUAUUUCCCUAAUAGUGUGAGGACUCGGAAGGAAAGAGAAUUCCAGAACUUCAAGCAAGGCAACAUGUCUGUUUCAGAAUAUGCAGAGAAGUUCGAGGACUUGGCAGACUACUCCAGACAAGCUGUUUAUGCCCCAGAUGAACUAUGGAAGAUUGAUCAAUUCAUGAUGGGUUUGAGGGCCGACAUUGCUCAUAGUGUUUCCCAAAGAGAGUUCACCACUUAUGCUGAAUGUUUGAGGCAAUGUUAUGUUGCCGAAAACAGCUUGAAGAGGGUUCAAGAAGAGACGAACCAGAACAGCACUAAUUUUAGGGAGCAAGGAAGGUCUACUCAACACUUGAGGCCCCGUAACCCUCCAUCAAAGAAGAAGCAGGUUUAUGGUGACCAAUCAGCUCAACCGACUUAUUGUCGCAAGUGUAAUAGGAAGCAUACCGGGGAGUGCACCAACUCUUCAGUGACUUGUUACGAGUGUGGCGAGCCAGGUCACAUAUCCAGAUUCUGCCCCAAGAAGAGAGCUUCUGGGAAGACUGCAGGUCGUGUGUACACUCUGGAUGCAAGAAAGGCCAAGGGAAACAACAAUCUCAUUGCGGGCGGUUCGAGACAAGAUCGCGGUAAGGGAAAGAUGGAUUAGAUCUCUUGGCGAUGCUUGGAUGUUUCUUUUAGUUCUUGUCGUGCUUGCUAGUUUAUGUAAUUUGGACAUGUACUAUUAUGAUGUACUUGUAUUUUGGCCAUGAUACAUUCGGCUUUUGUAUUCGUACACUUCUACUUUCCGCUGCAAAACAUUAUGUAUUUGUUGUCUU